CAGAGCAUCCUUCUCGUAUACACGUAGAUCUCACAACGAAUCUGCAGCAUGUCCAAUAUUCCCCCGUCAAUGGCGGCCCAGCCCACGGCCGAGGUCGUCCCUAUCACCACCAUGCUAUUCAACACGUUGGUCAAGGACAAGGCGUUCUUGUUCAACGCCGUUAUCGCAGGCCUGCUCAUCGGUUACUACCUGAUCUUUGGAAGCCCGAUGGAUGAGCCCAAGGUCAAGGGGAAGAAGGGUGAUCCGAGAGUCGUCCUCGUCGGGCCUUCAGAUGCUGGCAAGACUACCAUCUUUACCAAGCUCGUCUACAACGAAUCCCCUCAUACGCACACUUCCCUCAAACCAAGCACGUCCGUCCUUCGUCUACCGGACAGUGACAAGACCGUCAAGCUCUCCGACUUGCCCGGACAUCCCCGAUUGAAGGAGUCGGUACAGGCGCUGGCAGGGCAGGCUACGGCGGCGGUGUUCGUUUGCGACGUUUCGACUUUGAUCAAGAACGGAGCUUCGGUAGCCGAGGAACUUCCUGCUGUCCUCACCCGACUCGCCGCAUCCUCCCUCUCUUCCUCGUCGGCUCCUAUCCCCCGACUCCUGAUCCUCGCUCACAAAUCCGACCUCCUCUCCCGUUCUUCUACCAACGAGAAAUCCAGCACCUCGACUCUUGAUGAGAAGACCAAGACCACCGCUAUCGAACGUACCAAGCUCAUCCUGACGAGGGAGAUGGACCGUCUCAAAUCCGCCCGUGGGACCACUUCGGGGCGGAUCGAAGGGAUCUCUCAGGUACCCCUCGCUUCCACCCCGUCCUCCUUCUUCGGUAUCAGACUGAACCUCAACCCGUUCUCGAGACGAGGUGCUGCGGGAUCGAGCAAGCCUACGGUGGUCAGCGAAGAAGGGAUGGACGAGGCGGAGAUGAUGGUCUGGGGUCAGACGGGACGGUUCAGCUGGGACGAGGUCGAGGGGGUCGACGUGCAGUGGGCGGCGAGCGGGAUGACGAGUGCGGCGGCGAGCGCUGGGAAUGAUGGACUGGAGGAUGUACGGAGGUGGUUGGCCGAUCUAUAAGCGAUAUCGAUUGUGUCUACGUAAUUUGGAAACAAAAGAGGAUACACGUAUCGGAACUAUACUGAUACCACAGAACUAUGUUGAAUCAAAGGGCGUCCCGGUCGGCUCGCUUCUUAGCGAUUUGCAUCUUCAGAUCGGCGAGGAUCCCUUCGAGGGCCUCUUUCUGACUUUCGAGAAAGGCGAUGUCAUCAUCCAACAUUUGAACCACCAUCUGCCUGUCGAUGGUGGGCUUCGAGGGUUCGAGCAAUUUCUCGAUGAUGGGGAGUACGGGGGCAAGCUUCCUCGACGUGCUCGCCAGUCCAGCGGAUGGUCCAGCGCUCGCCAGUCCAACGGAUGGUCCAGCGUUCGCCAACGACGACGGUCCAGCGGUCGCCAACGACGACGGUCCAGCGGUUGCCAACGACGACGGUCCAGCGGUCGA